ACAUGGUUCUGCUUCGGCACAUAUCCAUCGCCCUAACCGCCGCGGUGGCUGCCUUCGGGUCCGCGCUGUUUAUCGCCCUGAAUUAUUUAUACAGAAGGCGAAUAUGGUCUCCCGAAGCGGAAUAUUACAUGAUAAAAGAGGAGCAGGAGGAGCGUGGAAAGCGCCAGGUGCUCGUCCUUGGCCUAGACGGUGCUGGGAAGAGCAGUAUCCUGCAGGGGCUAACAGCUGGAGACGGGGGCAAGAGAGGGAACUGCCGCCCCACCAGGGGCUUCAACUUUAUGAGCCUCAGUGCCCCUGCCUGUCAGCUGGAUUUCCUUGAGAUUGGAGGGGGUGAGGAUUUGCGUACGUACUGGACCGAGUACAUGAGGAAGACGCAUGUCCUGGUGUACGUGGUUGACUCCUCUGACAGAAAACGUCUCCCACAGGCCAAGGCUGAGCUGCAUCGCCUUCUCAGACUGGAUUCCCAACUUCCUGUGGUGGUCCUGGGAAACAAACAGGACAAGCACAAUGCCAUGAGUGUGUCGGAGCUUCAUGAGGCCCUGUCUCUGGGGGCGGUGGCUGACGAUAGGAGGCUGUUCCUCCUGGCUGCCCAGCUGGGCUCAGAUGGCCUGAUUGUCUCCCGCAAUCUGCAGGCCUUCCAGGACCUGAUCCUACAGCUCGUUUGAUUCCCUAGGACAGGAUGAGUUGAACGGGGGGUUGACCAUGCAGGUGGGAUGGGGAGAGGCCCAUGGGUAAGCCCGUGUGUAAGGACAAGUGGCAAGUAGCAAUGACUGCGUGUGAAUACUUUUGAACUAGAGAAGAUCCUUCAGGGCCCUCUGGGAGUCAGGGACCAAAAAUAGUCUUCACUGAAUCACUUAAAUAGUAACAAUAUACACUAAGUAUACCAAACAUUAGGAACACCAUCAACAUGGCAAACUUGAGCGUGAAAAACCCAAUGUUGCAGUUCUUGACACUCAAACCGGUGCUUGUGGUACUUACUACUUACCCUGUUCAAAAGGCACUUAAAUAUUUUGUCUUGCCCAUUCAUCCUCUGAAUGGCACACAUACACAAUCUAUGUCUCAAUUGUCUCAAGGCUUAAAAAUCAUUUAACCCGUCUCCUCCCCUUCGUCUACUUUGAUCGAAGUGGAUUUAACAGGUGACAGUCUGUCAUGGAAAAAGGUUUUCUUAAUGGUUUGUAUACUCAGUGUAGAUCAUGCAUCUAACUACCAAUCAUGAAGCUUGUUACAUUUAUUGUAGCAUAAGUGUCAAUACAAUACAGCUUCAAUGCUCCUCAUUGUGGCAAUGUCAGCUAGUGUCAAUUCAGUCAAUAAUGAAAUGGCAUUUUAUCCUCUUUAAAGGAGACAUUUGAUUGAAUGUUACAUUCCAUUGUAGGUAAGAUGUAAUCAAGUCCAUGUUAAUAGGUGUAAAUUGAGUGCAGUUUUUAAGAUUACUUGUUCUUUGAGAAAUUCAUGCUCUACGUUGGAAUUUUUAAAGAUUUGCAUGUUUUCACUUUUAGGAGGCAGUUUUGUAGCCAGCUUUUAUUCAAAACAUACCUUUUAAUCUUAUCUUCAACGUUCUCAUCAAUGACCAGUAACUCCAUGUUUCUACUGCAGUGGCACCACCUGAUGUUUUGUUUGACUGUUAAACUGAAAUGUGGUUCAAAUUAUAACGUUACCUACGAUUUAAAGAAAUCAGGCCAUUUAAGGACCCAGUGGUGGGGGAAAAAAGGACAAUUUUGCAGCCAUCUCUGACCAAACAAAUCGAUACAAAAACAAUUAAGGGGGAAACAAAUCUAUAGGUAGGCUUAUAUAACCUUGUAUUGUGGUUAAACAAGAAGUCGUUUUGCUGAGCAGUCAUUAUCUGACAUGUUUUUUCCCCAACUAGGUGCCAAUGUAGGUUAGUUUGAACACAACCUGCUCAGUUUAGCAGAUACAGUAACGUAAUAGUGGCAAUAGUAUGUACUCAGUGAAGCAUUCCAGAUGCUUUAAUAGUCAUCAAUUAAGUACUUGGUUGCUCCCCAAAAUGAGAUUGUAAAUAAUUGAUGAGAACAGAUAGGACUAGCAUACUGAAAUAGGUCAGCUAAUGUGUUGGUAUUUUCACUACAGGCGAACUUAAGACAUCUGAAUGCAGUUUCCUGACUGUCUUGAUAAGAACCUUUCAAAAUGGAGUGUUUUAACUGCAAUGCUCAGGGUUAUUGGUCAGCCUAAUGGAAUAUCAUGUCCAACAUCUCACCAAAAAUAUCCAAUGUACCAAGUGCUAGAUUUAUUGGAGACAUUUCCCAUUUGUGGAAAACAUUGUGUUUACCGGGACAGUAAAUCUAGUCACAAUACAAUGUUGUACAUUGUAUAAUCUUAUAAAUGUACGAUAUUUCCAACUUGUGUAUUCAAACCUGAUGUGCACAUAAACAAAUGUAUCUUUAGAUGAGGAAAACCCCUCCUUGAUAGGGAUGGGCAUAUGAUAUUAUUUCACUAUUUGAAUAAUCGUGCAUUUUUUUCCAGAUCUCUGGAUUGAAAAUUCCCCUCGCCCCCAAAAGUUGCUCUUGAAUCUCUGGACCAAUCAGAAUGAAGCAAAUGCAGGUACCACAACAGCUGACAGUGGUCCUUUGUUUUUUGUCUAACAGUGAAAUAAGUGAUGUUCACCAUGAUAGAAUAGAUUGUUAAAAAAAAGGUUCUGGUGAGUGUUUUGCAUUGAUCUGUGUCAGGCCUUGUGGAACUUCAAGGAGGUGCAUACCUGUUAUCACUAUUUGAAGUGGGGAAAAUAGCAUAGGCUACCGAUGUCAUGGCUGACUAGAAAGCUAAAUGCGCUAUGAAAAUAAAAUGCUUUUUCAUGUCAAAUGCAACAUGAGAGAAAAUGAGCUUAAAUUAAACAACUACUUUGUGCGUCAACUGUAGGCUACGUUUACAGUGCACAACAAACUAAGCUACAAUGUUCUGUCAGCCACAAUAUGUUUGAAGCAGCAGUAGCUCACACUGUCAAACUGCAUUCAGAAGUUUAGUUAUAUUAAAUAAAAAAAUUCAAAUGUCAUGGUAUGUCCUUGUGUAACAAUGUCCCAUGGAUAAUUACAUUUUGACAAAGCUUGUUAAUGUCAUUAUUUUCCCCCUCUUCAAAAAUGUACACACAAAUAGAAUACUAAUUUCCGUUCUGAUAUUCAAUUAACCGUGCUCAUCCCUACUCCUUCAUAUCGCUAUUGUUUCUUGAUAAUCUAGAGCAUGUUUCAUAUUUCUGUUUUGUGUUCAGUUGUAAUAUUUAUGCUGCUUUAAAGAUUUAACUAACUCCAAUGUCUUAUUUUUCAUUUUGUUUUUGCAGUGACAUUGCAACCUUUUGCACAAACGAUGCUAUGUUUAUAUAUCUUAUGUUAUCCAAAAAAGGAAAUGCAUUGAUAACAGCUUAGGGAAAUUCCACGUUAAAAGAGUGAUGCCGAGACUAAGAUUUCCACUUUAAAAUGCAUGCCAAACAAAAAUUACUGCAAAGUUAAACCGUACAUACACAAGGACUACUUUAAACAAUUUCCACAGAAAAGUUAACAAAAACUUCUGUUAUCAAACUUUGCAUCUGCACUGUUCAAGUAAAUGUGUUUUUAUAAAAUUCCCAGUGAAUUGUUAGGGAUAUUUAGGGAUUUAGGCAGUGAGGCCCGUUAUAUACUUCCCCAGAGUCAAAUGAACUUGUGGAUACCAUUUAUUUAUCUGUGUCUACCCAUUGUUCACCUAAUACCUUUUUUUGCACUAUUGGUUGGAGCCUGUAAGCAUUUCACUGCAAGGUCUACACCUGUUGUAUUCGGCGCCCGUGACAAAUAAACUUUGAUUUGAGGUAGUUUCACAAGCCAAUGCUAACUACCGUUAGCGCAAUUAAUGGAAGUCUUUGCAAUUGCGUUAGUUAGCAACUUCCUUUAAACCGCACGCAGAGACACCAAUGUUAUUCACGAAUUCAUCCGACUCUGGAGAAGUAUGACAGGCCUCAUUGCCCAAAUCCCAAAGUAUCUCUAACAAUUUCCACAGUUGUAUGGUUUGUUUAACUUUUCAAUCAUUGGUUUAUGUUUGGAAUGCAUUUUUUAAAGUGAAAAAUCUUAGUCUCAUUACAAAUAUACAUGUUCACUUCAUUACAAAAGCAGUCUUAAAUGUUCUUACUGUAUGGAAUUUGUAUAACUGUAUUUUUGGGAUACAUAUGGAAAGUAAGAACAAAUAUAAUAAAGUGUUUGAUUUUA